AUGAUGCAGAGGAGCGUGGUUUGCCUCGUGGCGCUGCUGGCGUUGCUGGUGGGCGUCGUUCCGGGGACGUUCGCGAAGCAGGACGUGGAAAUCGUUCAGACCUUCGUCCCUGAGGACUGCACCAACACCGCCAAGCCCGGCCAGCGCGUCGCGGUGCACUACAAGGGCACGCUCGAGGACGGCUCCGAGUUCGACAACAGCUUCAAGCGCGGCACGCCGAUCGAGUUUGUCCUGGGCUCGGGCCAGGUCAUCAAGGGCUGGGACCAGGGCGUCGAGGGCAUGUGCGUCGGGGAGAAGCGCAGGCUCGUGAUCCCGCCGCACCUCGGCUACGGCUCCCGCGCCGUCGGCCCCAUCCCGUCGGAGUCGACGCUGCACUUUGAGGUUGAGCUGGUGCGCAUGUAG